AUGAAGGGACGUUCAAGCCGGCGCGCUGAGGUCUGGGCUGCCGUCACCGGCGACGCCCUGGAGAUUCGCAGCUGGGAGGGUCGCCGCGGCGCGCGUGCCGCCACGCCGCUCUAUGAGGUCCCCGCGGCGCUCUACGCGCGCUGGGGCGAAGAGGGCGACAUGCCUUUCUUUGUGAGGGGCGUCAUAAACGUCGGGUUCAGCCCACAGCUGCGGAACUUUGUCUUCAAGGUCGCCUAUUACGGGUUUGAGUUCAACGGCUACACUGCCUCCCUGGCCGGCGCCAACCCUGACUGCAAGCCAUAG